AUGUAUUCAUCGACUAAUGAACGCAUUAAGUGGUCUUCAAGUCGAUGUGUGGAUUUUGAUUGUUCAAAUAUGUCAAAGGCGAAAGUCAUAAAAACAUUUGGUCUAUCAAUUAAAAAUUCUAUUCAUACCGUACCCAGCACAGAUGUGUUUAAUCCCCAUCGUUUGGGCAGUACACUGGCUGGUAUGUCAUCGUCAACUGCUUCCAUCAUUACUUUCAACCGCACGACUGGCCACUUGUUCGCGAGGACAACUGAAGCUGAUAAGAAAGCUAAUAAGCAUUCCUCGAAUACAAUAGCGAGGAUAAAGGACACCCAUUCAUUUUUCUCAACACCGGCUUCAAUAAACCUUUUGAUGGCGACCGACCUCACGUUUCCCAACACAAUGGCUAAAUCGGAACUACAACUUAAGUCUCAUCUUAAAUGUUGUAAAUUCAAUUCGAAGGGAAAUGAGGAAAUACCGAAAGCUUCUACAGAAAGUAAGGAAUCUGAUGAUGAAUGUGAUACUACGGGAGAUAACGAAAGGCAAGAAGCUCAGAUUAACCUGGAAGAGCAUGGCACACACACCUAUUCCUUUUCCGUCACGCGAUGCAUGGAGGAGGCUUCUCAGAAGAAAUCUUCUGAAGGAGCUAUUUCAGAAAGGGAUGUCAAUGCAUAUUCCCCCAAUGUCGAUUCUAGCGUCUCUAGCACUCGAAAAUCCGAGGAGCCCUGUGGGGGAUGCCCGAUACCUUUUAAUCCCAACUGCAUUUCCUACCUGGAGGAUUUUGUCGAGGAAAAGCGAACUCCAGAGAUAACGCGGAUCAUGAAUGAAGCUUCACAUUUGACCGUAUGCGAAAUGCUUGGCAACUUAUGA